GCCUGAGCUGCAGCAGCUGAGCUGAAAUCGAACAGUUUUUGCAUGAAGUCUGGUCUGACGUUGACUCUUCUUCGCGGGUUCUGAUUGGACUCACACCUGUUAUCUGCGUGAUACAGGUGCGUAGAUGAUGUCACCAGCAGAGGAGCAGCUGUGUCUGAACAUCUGCAGCAGCGGGCCUUCAUCUCCAGCCUCAGCAUCACUUCCCAGCAGCAGGAAAUGGACCUUGAAGAAGCAGAAAGCAGAGAAGAAGAGGACGCUCAGCUCCCCAGAGGAGGUGGCGGGGAGGCGCUCCUUCAGACAGAGACCAUGUCUUCCUCACACAGCUGAGGAGGAGGAGGAGGAGGCUCAUCUGCAGGCCCCGCCCCCUGAGCCAACCCACAGGACACCACAGAAGAAGAAGAGGAAGAAGGAGGAGAUGAAGAAGGAUGUGGUGAAGGAAGCUGAACGCAGCUCCAUCAAGACCUCUUCUCUGUUCAAACACAAUCCAGAGAUCCCAGAGAUCCACAGACCAUCCGUCUCCCAGGUAAAGGAGAAGAUUUUCACCUCUGACUCCUUCUCAGACCUCCAGCUGCACCCCCACCUGGUGGCGACGCUCAACAAAGUCCUGAACGUGUCCGUGCUGACCAGCGUGCAGAAGCAGACCAUCCCGGCCCUUCUGUCCGGACGGGACGCCGCGGUCCGGUCUCAGACGGGUUCAGGGAAGACGCUGUGCUAUGGCGUCCCGCUGGUUCAGAGUCUUCAGUCCCUGGAGCCAAAGGUCAGCAGGUCCGACGGUCCCCUGGCGCUGAUCAUCGUUCCGACCCGAGAGCUUGCUCUGCAGACCUUCCAGACCUUCCAGAAGCUUCUGAAGCCGUUCACCUGGAUCGUUCCAGGUGUGCUGAUGGGAGGAGAGAAGAGGAAAGCAGAGAAGGCCAGGAUCCGUAAAGGAAUCAACAUCCUGAUCUCCACCCCUGGGCGUCUGGUGGAUCACAUCAAACACACCCUGAGCAUCGCCUUCAGCGCCGUGCGCUGGCUGGUUCUGGACGAGGCCGACAGGACUCUGGACCUGGGCUUUGAGAAGGACCUCACCGUCAUCUUAAACAGCCUGAACUCUACGGGACCGGCCCGGCAGAACGUUCUGCUGUCUGCGACGCUGACACAAGGUGUGACUCGGCUGGCAGACAUCUGUCUAAAAGAUCCGAUCAGCGUCAGCGUUUCUGGCUCCGCCCCCUCCGACCUCACCGGCGGGAUCCCUGAGGCUGCGUCAGCCGGCCAAUCGGAGAGCUUCGCGGUGCCGGAGGCGCUGCAGCAGUUCGUGGUGGUGGUUCCCAGUAAGGUGCGGCUGGUGUGCCUGGCCGCCUUCAUCCUGGAGAAAUGCUCGGCGGCGAGCAACAAGGUCAUCGUGUUCGUCUCCAGCUGCGAGGCCGUCGAGUUCCUCCACCGCCUCUUCAGCGCCGUCCUGUGCGGGCCCUCGGCCAAUCAGGAGCUCAGCUUCCUGCGUCUCCAUGGCAACAUGAAACAGGAGGAGCGCUCCGAGGUGUUUCAGGAGUUUUCUGGUUCCGGGUCCGGAGUCCUGCUGUGCACGGACGUCGCAGCCAGAGGGUUGGACCUUCCUCAGGUCACCUGGAUCGUUCAGUACACUCCUCCGACGUCAGCCGCCGAGUACGUUCACCGGGUCGGCCGCACGGCUCGCAUAGGAGGAAGAGGAAACAGCCUCCUCUUCCUCACGCCUGCAGAGACUGACUUCAUCACUGAGCUGGCCAAUCACAACAUCAGCGUGUCGGAGGUGAAGCUGGACGACAUUCUGUCCUGUCUGAUGAAGGACGACACCUACAAGGGCCGGGGGAAGUACCACAGCCAGACUUCGUCCCAAGCGCUGCAGCAGGACAUCCGAGAACGUGCCACCGUCCUUCAGACCACGCUGGAGAACUUUGUGCACGCUGACGCUCAGUCGCUGCAAGCUGCAAAGAAAGCGCUGCAGUCGUUCUUGCGGGCGUACACGACCUACCCUGCCAACCUCAAACACAUCUUCCACAUCCGCCGCCUCCACCUGGGACACACCGCCAAGAGCUUCGGCCUGAGGGACGCUCCGCAGGGCCUGAGCUCUGCACUGGCCCCCAGGGGCCCGGGGAACCGGGGCCGCGGCAAGAGCCAGCACCAGCCCAGGAAAGCAUCAGGAAGUCUGAGGAAGAACCAGAACCCUGGUAGGAAAAGGUUCCAUGCGGGUCAAAGGGAGGCCGGACUGCUCCGGUCCGAGUUCUCCAGCGGGUUGGAGGGAGAAAGUGCCAAGAAGAGGAAGAGGAGGAGGAAGGCUGAUGAUGGAUCUGAGCACAGUGCGCCUUAGUGAGGCGAGGAGGCCUGGCUCGUUGUUCUGGACCCUGGAGAAACCCGAUGGGUUGAGCAGCAGCAGAACCGCUCUCUGGGACCUGGUUCUGCCCGACCAAACCUUCAGGUGUUCCUGCUUUAAAGAGCACAGAUUAUUUUUGGGUCAGAACCAGGAGAUGAACACGACUGAACAGUUCCUGGUACCAUCAUGGGGAACCAAACCACCUGUACAUGAGUUUUACACGUACGUCAUCAGAGUGAGACAUCCUGACACAGAGGAUCUUUGUGUCAGGAUUUUAUUUUUAGCUGUUGGUAAAUUUUCCUCAAUGAAAUAA